AUGUUGGGACGUAAACAAAGCCUGAAAGGUGAACCAAUUCUGGCUGAUUAUGGUCCUGAAGAAUCCCUUAAUGAAAGUGCUGAUAUAGAGUGGGUAAAUAAGCUAUGGGUCAGACGAAUUUUAAGAUUUUGUGCACUUUUAAGUUUAAUGUCUGUUUCUCUAAAUACACCAAAAUCUUUCGAAAAAUAUCCGUAUCUGCAGAUUACUACAUUUGUGGUAGAUUGUUGUGUUACUCUUCUUUUCACUGCAGAAAUGAUAGCAAAAAUGCAUAUAAGAGGAAUAUUAAGGGGUGAUGUUGCAUACUUAAAGGAUCAUUGGUGCCAAUUUGAUGCCUCCAUGGUGUUUUUCCUCUGGGUGUCAGUGCUGUUGCAGAUGUUUGAGUUGACGGGAAUUGUACCAAGAUAUAGUUACCUCAGCAUUCUAAGAGCUCCAAGGCCGUUGAUAAUGAUUCGGUUUCUCAGAGUAUUUUUAAAAUUCUCAAUGCCAAAAUCAAGAAUUAACCAAAUUUUUAAGCGUUCAAGUCAACAAAUCUAUAAUGUAACUUUAUUUUUUUUGUUCUUCAUGUCCCUUUAUAGUUUAUUAGGAGUUCAGUUUUUUGGAGAACUUACACACCACUGUGUAAGAAAUAAUACUGACCCAAAUGAAAUAACUAUAAAUUCUCUGGCGAUACCUGAUACUUUUUGUUCUCCUGAACCUAACUCGGGUUAUCAGUGCCCCGCAGGAAUGAAAUGCAUGAAGCUAAAUUUAUCAAAGUACAUAAUGGGUUUUAAUGGAUUUGAGGAGUUUGCUACAAGUUUAUUCACUGUUUAUCAAGCUUCUUCCCAAGAAGGCUGGGUUUUUAUUAUGUACAGAGCAAUUGAUUCUCUGCCUGCAUGGAGAUCUGCACUUUAUUUCAGUACUAUGAUUUUUUUCCUGGCUUGGUUAGUCAAAAAUGUUUUCAUUGCUGUUAUAACUGAAACAUUUAACGAAAUAAGAGUACAAUUUCAACAAAUGUGGGGUGUAAGGAAUCCAAUAACAAAAGGCAGUACAACACAAUUUUUCACUGGUGACGAUAAUGGCUGGAAGUUGGUGACUAUUGAUGAGAAUAAACAUUCAGGCAGUGCUCCAGAAAUAUUUCACAAAAUGUUACGGUCGGCAUACUUUCGUCUGCUCGUAAUGGGUGUCGUAUUAGCGAAUGGAAUUAUAACCGCUACUAUGAAUUUCAAACACGAUGACAACCCUAGGGAAUUCUUCUACGAAAAAUAUUACUAUAUCGAGAUUGCAUUCACAAUUUUUUUGGAUUUGGAGGCAUUAAUAAAAAUCUGGUGUUUGGGUUGGAAGGGAUAUUUCAAACAUUCUGUUCACAAAUUUGAAUUACUUUUGGCUGUCGGAACUACCAUUCAUAUUAUUCCGCAACUAUACAUGUCGGGCUUUACAUAUUUCCAGGUCCUUCGAAUUGUGAGGUUAAUAAAGGCGUCACCUCUGUUGGAAGGAUUCGUUUACAAGAUUUUUGGACCAGGCAAGAAAUUGGGCAGCCUUAUUAUUUUUACCAUGUGUUUGUUGAUAAUAAGCUCCUCCAUUUCAAUGCAGCUGUUCUGUUUUCUUUGUGAAUUCACAAAGUUUGAAACAUUUCCCGAAGCAUUUAUGUCCAUGUUCCAAAUUUUGACACAAGAGGCAUGGGUGGAAGUUAUGGACGAGACAAUGGUACGAACGAGCCAAACACUAACGCCGCUGGUCGCUAUCUACUUUAUUUUGUACCAUUUGUUUGUGACUUUGAUAGUGCUGUCACUUUUCGUCGCUGUGAUUCUUGACAAUCUGGAAUUAGAUGAGGACAUAAAGAAAUUGAAGCAACUCCGGUAUCGUCAGCAAAGCGCAGAGAUUAAAGAGAGUUUACCGUUUCGUUUACGAAUAUUUGAAAAAUUCCCUGACAGUCCCCAGAUGACGAAGUUGCACAAAGUUCCCGGCGACUUCAAUUUGCCUAAGGUACGGGAGUCCUUUAUGCGGCAGUUCGUAUGCGAAGUGGAGGGCGAAGAGGAGGCCGGGGUGACGGGGGCGGGGCCUGGGGGGGCGCGAGCGGCCGACCUCUCGCGGCGGGCAAUCGAGUACAUAGGGGUGGACAAGAUCGCCUUCCCGUACAGGAAACGGUGUCUCGUCAAAACCCUCGUGGUGGCGCCCCCGUCCCAGCGUCCCAGCUCAGCCCUGCGGCGGCACGUGGUCGCUUCAAUCAUCAAAUCAAUAAACAAAUACGUUGAUUUUACUAAAGCGAUUCCAACAACCACCGACGCUUGGUGCUCGCUGAGGGUGGAUCAGAAGAAAUUCGGCUCGCGCUCGAUCCGGCGCUCGGUGCGCAGCGGCUCGCUGAAGCUGAAGCAGACGUACGAGCACCUGCUGGAGAACGGCGACAUCGGCGCGGCGUCGCGCGUGGUGCCCUCCUCGCGCGCGCGCCCUCCCUACCUCGACAUUCGGCUGCUGCAAGCCAAGAGGCAGCAAGCCGAGAUGCGCAGGAACCAGCGGGAGGAGGACCUGCGUGAAAAUCACCCGCUGUUCGACACGCCGCUGCUGCUGGUCCCGCGCGAGUCCCGCUUCCGCAAGCUGUGCCGCGCCAUCGUGGACGCGCGCUACGACGCCCGCCUGCGGGAUCCCGUCACCGGCAACGAGCGGAAGGUGCACUACAAGAGCUUCCAUAACUUCUUGGGACUGGUGACUUACCUGGACUGGGUAAUGAUCAUGGUGACAACUCUCUCUUGUUUGUCUAUGAUGUUUGAAACCCCCACGUACAGAGUAAUGGAAAAUUUUGUGCUACAGAUUGCGGAGUAUGGCUUCGUCGUAUUUAUGAGUUUGGAACUUGCGUUAAAAAUAUUAGCUGAUGGGUUGUUCUUUACACCAAAAGCUUAUCUUAAAGACGCAGCUGCUGUGUUGGAUGUUUUCAUUUAUGUGGUAUCACUGACGUUCCUAUGUUGGAUGCCGGUGCGUGUUCCACCCGGCUCUGCGGCGCAAAUGCUCAUGAUACUCCGCUGCGUGCGUCCCCUACGAAUAUUUACCCUUGUGCCACAUAUGCGCAAGGUCGUCUACGAGCUGUGCCGAGGAUUUAAAGAAAUACUUUUGGUAUCGACACUCCUCAUACUGUUGAUGUUCGUAUUCGCAAGCUAUGGCGUUCAACUAUAUGGCGGGAGGCUAGCCCGGUGCAAUGAUCCGACGAUCACCCGUCGGGAGGACUGCGUCGGCGUGUUCAUGAGACGCGUUUUCGUGACCAAAAUGAAGAUCAGGCCGGGGGCCAACGAGACCUUCCCGUCCAUGCUGGUGCCUAGAGUAUGGGCUAACCCCAAGCGCUUCAACUUCGACAACAUAGGGGACGCUCUGCUGACGCUUUUUGAGGUACUCUCGUUCAAAGGCUGGUUGGACGUAAGGGAUGUACUGAUUAAAGCAUUGGGGCCAGUGCACGCGAUAUACAUUCAUGUUUACAUAUUCUUGGGCUGCAUGAUCGGAUUGACCUUGUUUGUGGGUGUGGUGAUCGCCAAUUACUCCGAGAACAAAGGCACCGCCCUCUUGACCGUCGACCAGCGCCGAUGGUGCGACUUGAAAAAGAGGCUGAAAAUCGCUCAGCCCCUCCACUUGCCACCUCGGCCCGAUGGCAGGAAAGUACGCGCCUUCGCCUACGACGUCACGCAAAAUCUAUCGUUCAAGCGGGUCAUCGCUAUUGUAGUUCUGAUUAACAGCGCCCUUCUGGCUGUUACGUGGUCGAGCCACUCGUCGAACACGGAGCGGCUGGCGCUGACGUCGGCGCUGCUCACGCUGGUGUUCGUAGUGGAGGUGGUGCUGAAGACGAUAGCGUUCACGCCGCGCGGCUACUGGCAGAGCAGGCGCAACCGCUACGACCUGCUGGUCACCGUCGCCGGUUGCAUAUGGAUCUUCAUGCACUUCAUCCUCAAGAAUGACCUCUCUUACUUCGUGGGUUUUAUGGUGGUCAUACUGCGGUUCUUCACGAUCACCGGUAAGCACACUACGCUGAAGAUGCUCAUGCUGACGGUGGGCGUGAGCGUGUGCAAGAGUUUCUUCAUCAUUUUCGGCAUGUUCCUGCUCGUGUUCUUCUACGCGUUGGCCGGCACCAUCGUUUUCGGAAACGUCAAAUACGGAGAAGGAAUUGGGAGACGCGCCAACUUCAACUCGCCGAUCCACAGCGUCGCGAUGCUGUUCCGCAUCGUGACGGGCGAGGACUGGAACAAGAUCAUGCACGACUGCAUGGUGGCGCCGCCCUACUGCACGCCGGCCGAUAACUACUGGGAGACGGACUGCGGCAACUUCACCGCCUCGCUCGCCUACUUCUGCACCUUCUACGUCAUCAUCACCUACAUCGUGCUCAACUUGCUCGUCGCUAUAAUAAUGGAAAACUUUUCGUUGUUCUACUCAAACGAAGAAGAUGCUCUUCUGUCGUAUGCGGACAUUAGGAACUUCCAAAACACCUGGAACAUUGUAGACGUGCACCAGAAGGGGGUCAUUCCUGUGAGGAAGGUCAAAUUCAUCCUGCGGCUGCUGAAGGGGCGUCUGGAAUGCGACACGCAUAAGGAGCGCUUGCUGUUCAAGUACAUGUGCUACGAACUAGAAAGGCUGCACAACGGCGAAGAUGUCACCUUUCAUGACGUCAUCAACAUGUUGUCGUACCGUACCGUCGACAUCCGCAAGUCUUUACAAAUGGAGGAGCUGCUCGCUAGGGAAGAGUUCGAGUUUCUGAUCGAGGAGGAAGUCGCCAAACAGACUAUCCGCACUUGGCUUGAGGGUUGCCUCAAAAAAAUUCGCGCUAAUAGCAGCAAACAACAGACCAGUUUAAUUGCCGGAUUGAGAAAAACCAACGAGCAGAUUAUCGAUAUGCCCAAUGAGAAAACGGAGAAAGAAAAAAUGGAGACCGAAGCUCAGCAAGUCGUCGCUAAUGCUGGCCGCACAGAAAUGACGGAGUCUACUUCACAACCAAUAAUGUCAAAUAUGACCUCGUCAUUUGAUUCUCAACCGAAGCGAUCAUCUACUAAAGCACAGUUAAAGAGACCAGGCUUGCCAUCGGUAACAUUGCCCAGACCCGAAAGUCCCGUUAAGAAGUAUCUGCAGCCAACGUUGAGCGACCCCCAUCCCACUAUGAAUAAGAAAUCGCCACCGGUGAUGAAGACGAACAGCCGGGCGCACAACACGCCUUCGGGCGCGGGCAGCGUGGCGGCCGGCAGCGGGGGCGGAGGCGGAGGCGGAGGCGGGGGCGGAUACGGGGGCGGGGGCGGAGGGGGCCCCGCGCUGCACCACCUGCACGACUGGUGGCGCGCGCACCUCACCGGCCCGCCGCACGCCGAC